AUGUCAGCGAGCUAUUUCCAGGAGCGUAGUACUCCUGCUUCCCAGAAUGGCGUGUCUCCUACUUCCCCCCAUAUUGCAGCAGCAUCACGUGGAGUCAACGCUCUCUCCAGUCGAAUAACCAGCGUCCUGUCGGCCUCAUACGCUGACCUGGAAAUUCGGGGCGCAUUGUAUACACUAGAUGAGCGCAGUGUCCACAACACGGCAGAGACGCGUCGACAUAUCCGACUCGAUGUCCAGCAGGAAGUGAUUGAAUGCAAUGGCGAGAUUGUCAAGGACUUCGGAAAAGUCGCAGAGCAACUCAAGCGCAUUGGAGCAGCCAUCAACAGCUUGAAUAGCUCUUGCGCAGACAUGCGUGCCCAUAUCAUAACUGCGGCCCGUGAAACUGGUCCUGUCCUGGAGGAAGCCACCAGUCUUAUCAACCAAAAGAAGCAGGUCGAAACCAAAAAUCAGAUACUACACGCUUUUAGCUCACACUUCCGGAUCACUGAUGAUCAGGCCACUGUCCUGACAUCCACCGCAGAGCCGGUACAUGAAGAGUUCUUUCAGAUCUUGACCAAGGUAAAAAAGAUCCACCACGAUUGCCAAGUUCUAUUAGGCACCGAGGACCAACAUCUUGGUCUUGAGAUCCUAGAGCAGAGUUCAAAGGCACUAAAUGGAGCUUUCCAGAAACUCUACCGCUGGAUACAGCACGAGUUUAAGACUCUGGAUUUGGAAAAUCCUCAGAUUAGCGCAUCUGUUCGACGGUCCCUGCGGGUGCUAGCAGAACGACCUACCCUGUUUCAAAGCUGCCUUGAUUCUUUCGCAGAAGCCAGAGAAGCGAUUCUGUCUGAGUCUUUCCACGCAGCCCUGACCGGUACCAACUCGGCCGCUUCGCACAUCGCAACGAAGCCAAUCGAAUUCUACGCACACGACCCUCUACGAUAUGUCAGUGAUAUGCUGGCUUGGGCACACUCAGCUACAGUGUCGGAGAGGGAAGCACUGGAGGUGUUGUUCAUUUCGGAUGGCAACGAAAUUAGCCGUUCUAUUCAGGCCGGUUUAGAGAGCGAGCCCUGGCUCAAAGGCGACGAAGAACAGGAGGUUUUUGAUGGAAGAAAGGCAUUGGAUCAACUUGUUAGUCGUGAUCUGACAGGUGUUGCACGGCUGCUCAGACAGAAGACCGAGCAAGUUAUCCAGAGCCACGAAGACGCAACACUCGCCUACAAGAUCGCCAAUCUGAUUGGCUUCUACAAGGGCACUUUUGUCAAACUGCUCGGGCAGGGGUCGGACAUUCUUGAUCUGUUUGAUACGCUUCAGGCCUCAGCGAUGCGUCAAUUCCGAGCAAACAUGCGCGACCAUGUGGCCACAGUUCAGAGCGACCUGGCUGUGGCACCUGUGGAUCUCUCACCUCCUGACUUCUUGGAGCAAGCCUUACAGACGUUGAAGGUGCUCGCAAAGAGCUACGACACCUCUGUAGCAGCUGUUGACGAGUCGAACAACGGCUUCCAGACUGUACUGACUGAAGCUCUGGACCCAUUCCUUGGUGGCUGUGUAAAUCUUCAAAAGGGCAUGGAACAACCCGACAGUGCCGUGUUUGCCAUCAACUGCCUCCUCGCUGUCAAGGAUGCAUUGUCGAGCUUCACAUUUGCAACAGAGCGAGCUGCUGAGAUGGGCGAGACGAUUGACGAACAUGUUGCAGCGCUUGUCGAUUAUCAGCACCAGUAUCUUCUCCAUGAGUCUGGACUCAUGGCACUUCACGGGGCACUUUUGAAUAUCACAGAUGCACCCGAGAGCCUGAAAAGUAUUACACGAGUGGCCGCCUUUAAACCGGAAGCACUGGUAGCUACCAGCCAACAACUCGACGAAUUCCUUCCAUCUGCGCUCAUCGAUGCCGCAGAGAACCUGAAGCAAUUACGCAACCGAUCCAUGGUUCAGGAAAUCACCGAGGGCGCAGCGGCUAGGUUCUGCAAGGACUUUGAAUUUGUGGAAAGCAAGAUCGUUGCAGCUGAUGAUCUACUCUACGAUGAAGAUGAUGAAGAAAUCAAGCCAGGGCUCAGAGACUUGUUUCCUCGUACCAGUGGAGAGAUCAGGGUUUUGCUCAGCUAG